UCGACCCCCCCCCCCUCGGGUAUCCUGGUUUUCAAGUACCCCAGCAUGGAUAGGAUAAUUGAACAUUUAAUGUUUCUUUAAACUAUCAAUUUUAUAUUUUACACUGCCCCUAUUUUCAGAUAAAAUGGCAGAUAUCAUUAAAGAUCAGUUUAAGAUAAAAGAAGUGAUAGUUUCCAACCUAGAAGAAAUCCUUUCAUCCUUUACUGUAGAGAAUACAUGUACCAAGAAUAAAGAAAUGAAAGGAGUAAACAUGGGUGUCGUAUUCGAUUCUCUGCAGUCUGAAACAAAGAGAAAAAAAACGUGUGAAGUAGGAUACCCUUGUAACAAGUGUGAGUUUGUUGCAACUGAAGCAGGCAAUCUAGAAACCCAUAUUAAAUAUAAACAUAAAGUAGUGAGGUAUCCAUGUUCAAAAUGUGAGUUUGUUGCAACCAAAGCAAGUCAUCUAAAGAGACAUUUUAAAAGAAAUCAUGAAGAAGCAAGUUUUCCUUGUUCUCAAUGUGAGUAUAUUGCAACUAGAGCAGAUACUUUGAAGACACAUAUUGAAAAUAAACACGAAGGAGUGAGAUAUCCUUGUUCUCAAUGUGAGUUUGCUGCAACUUCACCACAGGGUCUGAAGGAUCAUGUCAAAAGUAAACAUGAAGGAGUGAGAUAUUCUUGUUCGUUCUGUGAAUAUGCGGCAAAUAGAGCAGGUGAUUUGAAAAAACACGUUGAAAGUAAACACGAAGGAGUUAAGUUUCCUUGUUUCCAAUGUGAGUAUAUUGCUACUAGAGCAGGAAAUUUGAAAAGGCACUUUGAAAGUAAACACGUAGGUGUGAGAUAUCAAUGUAAUCAUUGUGAUUAUGCUGCAACCGGAACAGGUACUCUGAAAAAACAUGUUAAAAAUAUACAUGAAGGAGUAAGAUAUCCUUGCCCUAAAUGUGAUCAUGUUGCAACUCAACCACGUGAACUGAAGAUUCAUAUUGAAAGCAAACAUGAUGGAGUCAGAUACCCUUGUUCUGAAUGUAAUCAUGUUGCAAAUAGAGCUAGGGAUCUGAAGAGACAUGUUAAAAAUAAACACGAAUGCGUGAGAUAUCCUUGUUCUCAAUGUGAGUACACUGCAACUCAAGCAGGUAGUCUGAAGGUUCAUAUUGAAAAUAAACAUGAAGGAGUGAGAUAUCCAUGUUCGCAAUGUGAAUUUUUGGCAACUACAACAAGUGCUCUGAAGAUACAUGUUGAAAUUAAACAUGAUGGAGUGAGGUAUUCUUGUUCGUUUUGUGAAUAUAUAGCAACUAGAACUAGUGAUUUGAAAAAGCAUGUUGAAAGUAUACAUGACGGAGUGAGAUAUUCUUGUUCGUUAUGUGAAUAUGUAGCAACUAGAACUGUUGAUUUGAAAAAACACUUUGAAAGUAUACAUGAAGAAGUGAGAUAUCCUUGCACAUUAUGUUAUUUUGCAUCAACUUCAGCAAGGAAUUUAAAGAGACAUGUUGAAAGUAAACACGAAGGAGUGAGAUAUCCUUGUCCUCAUUGUGAGUACACUGCAACUCAAGCAGGUGGCCUGAAGGUUCAUAUUGAAAAUAAACAUGAAGGAGUGAGAUAUCCAUGUUUGCAAUGUGAAUUUGUUGCAACUACAACAAGUGCUCUAAAGAAACAUGUAAAAAAUAAACACGAAGGAGUUAGAUAUCCUUGUUUGCAAUGUGAAUAUGCGGCAACCGCGGCAAGUGAUUUGAACAGACAUGUUGAAAGUAAACACGAAGGAGUUAGAUAUCCAUGUCCUGAAUGCGAGUUUGCUGCAACUAGACCAAUUUACCUGAAGAAACACGUUGAAAAAUAUCACAAAAAAGAGAGUUUUUCUUGAAUAAAUAAUGUAUGUUUAAACUUUUAUCAGGCAAUCAGAGGAGACAUAUCAAAAAUGAAAAUGCAUUUUUUAUUGUUUUAUCCCUGUUUGCUAAAUUGAUUUCUGAACUAAGUUUUUUAUUUGUACGUUUUUUCAUUUGAUAGGCUUUUAGAGCCCUUCGCGCUUAUAUUUUAUUUCAUUUUUAAGCAUGGGGUUCUCCUUGUUUACAAAUAGCAUGAGGGUUCUCCUUGUUAAUAAAACAAAAACAAAAAAUUUCGCUGAUUCUACAAAAAAAAAUUUCGUGGAUUUUCUAAAUUUUAAACCUU